AGCAGCCGCAAAAGUUAUCUUCUCUCUCGGUUCUCAUCGAAUCCACACAGAUUGAAGAAAGGGAGGAAGAAGAACGAAAUAUCUGAGAAACAAAAUGAGUGGAACGUUGAGAAACAAAGUACAGAGGAAAUGCAAAAUGAGGGGUUAUACUCUGAAAGUAGAAGCCCUAACUGAGAUCCUUUCUUUCUUAAGCAACUAUGAAGACGCUGAAGAUGAAGCCCUUGAGCUCCUCCUUGAUGAGCUUCAACAUCAAUCAUUGAAGUCUUCAAUUCUUGAUAAAGAGCCUAUACAGCGUGUUGUAAGUCUGCUGUGUGAAGCUGCAUCUGCAACUGAUGAUACUCUUGGUACAAAUACGAGUUCCUCUUUCAGUGUAAUUGACGCCUUCCUAAUUCCAAAAUUCCGUUAUGAUCCUAUCAAAAAGAUUUUUUGCGAACAUACAGGGAGACUUCCGAUUCAUGGUGAUGCUCCUUCAAAAGCUUGGUUGUAUAGAGAUAGAUUUCUUUUGUUGUCGCAAAGGCUUUCUCGAAUUCCACAGUUUUCAAGUUCUUCAUUUGAUAGUGAAUUAUCCGAAUUCGGUAGCUGUGAGAUAUCUAAAAUUCAAUCUCUAGUUGGACGAACUGGAGUAUGUUGGGUAAUGGGUGUCAUAUCUCAAUUAGAAGAUGGCCAUUUCUACUUAGAAGACCUUACAGGAGCUGUUGAAAUCAAUCUUUCUAAUGCAAUAUCCUUAAUCACUUGA